AUGAGCCAAAAGAGUUACCACCAGACCCAUGAUCAUGUAAUACCUCUUCUGGAGGGAGCUGAGCCGAUUAAUCUCAGGCCUUAUAGAUACUCGCACGAUCAAAAGGCAGCCAUUGAAAAGUUGGUCGAUGAAAUGUUAGCAGCUGCUGUGAUUAGGCCAAGCUCAAGCCCUUUGCCCUUUUCAAGUCCUGUACCUGUAGGUAGGAUGGGUGGGAGUUGGCGAUUGUGUAUAGACUAUAGGAAACUAAAUAGCCUUACCAUUAAUAAAAAUAUCCCAUUCCUUUCGUGGAUGAACUCUUGGAAGAGGGCAGUCCCAAAUGAAAAAAAGCCAUUUAUCGAUCCCAAGAAGCAAGUGAAUUAG